AUGACGACAUUAUCUAACAAUUUUGAAGAUCCAAUUCUAAAUAUAUUCAAAAGGUUUGAAAGUUUUGAGCAAGAUUUGUUACUGGUUGAGCAAAAGGUGAAGAAUGAACUCAGAUGUGUUUAUGACGUUGACGUUUUUGAUAUCGCAGAAUCUAUUGAUAAUACUAAAAGUAAAAUACGUAAACUCUUUGACUCGUUAAAUGAACUUUACACAUAUAAAAGUCAAUUGUUAUCACUGGUUAAAUCGCAAGUUUCAGUUUUCGAAUCGUUAGAACAAGUUGAGAGUGUAGAUAAAGUAAAUAAUAAGGAACAACUUGUCGAAUUAGCAAACAACAUUUUAAAAAUAUCGAAAGAAUACUUUGAUAUACCAGAUAAUCAAAGUGUGCCAAUAGAAUUCAAGAGAAAACAAACCAAGAAUGAAGAACCUGUGAAGGAAACAAUUGAAUUUACACCGAUUACCGAAGUAGAAUUCGAUAGCGUACCAGUAUUAGUUAAAAGAAGAGCAAAGUUGGAACAAGUGAAUGAGCUUUAUAAGUAUUUGCAUGAACACGCUGUAAAGAGAAAUAAAUGUGUUCCGGUGAAGAUUAACGAUAUUGAAAACGAAGGAAUAAAAGUACAUGGCCAAACAGGAAGUUCAAAAAUCGCAAUAUUACGUCAUUUAAAGAAGAUACAAGUGAUUAACAGGGAUAACACUAUUUUACUCUUAGAUUCUAGGUUUAAAAAUAAAAAAUCGCCAAAACAGAAUUAAUUUGUUUCAUUACUCUUUGUUUUACUUUUUGUUUAAGUUACACAUUUAUAACCACACAUCCGAGAUGUCGUUUUUUUACUUUAACAUUAAAAACCAUGUAAUUUAGUUUAAAU